AUGGAGACUGACGCCCUCUGGGUCAUCAGUGCUCUGGAAUCGGGCUGCUCAUGGAUCCUAGGCGCUUCCGGAAGACGAGCCAACGCUCCCCGAGCCAGUCCGCAAGCGAGUGGGCCUGGGCCUCGGAGGAUCCGGGGUAGGGGUGGCGCGGCGUCCAGGCCCUGGGCGCCGAGAGGUGGCGGGUCCGGCUGCCCACGCCGAGACGCGCGAGGUGAGCCGGGCGCCGGGGCGGGGCGGGGCGGGGCGGGGCGGGGUGGGGCGGGGCCGCCGCAUCCCCGUGACGCGCGGGCCAACCAGGCGGCGUUGCGGCCCCGGACCCGGCUCCUUGCGCCGCCGCCGCCGCCUCCGCAGCCAAAGCCAGCAGCCGGGCCGGAUUACCCACCGUCCAGUGCACGCCGCCGCCCGCGCCAGCAGCCGGGCCGCAUCACCCGCCGCCCGGUGCCCGCCGCCGCCCUCGCCGCCCGCAUGGCGCUCCGGGGCUUCUGCAGCGCAGAUGGCUCCGACCCGCUCUGGGACUGGAAUGUCACGUGGUAUACCAGCAACCCUGACUUCACCAAGUGCUUUCAGAACACGGUCCUCGUGUGGGUGCCUUGUUUUUACCUCUGGGCCUGUUUCCCCUUCUACUUCCUCUAUCUCCCGACAUGA